UCCUCAAAAACCCUAGCUGCUCAGUGCUCACAUUUUCUCGCAUUUUAUUUAAUUUUCUGGUCUGCCCUCAAAGCCCAAAACCCUAACAAUGGCAGCCGCCGCCGCCCGUCCUCUGGUUUCGGUGCAAACCAUAGAGUCCGAUAUGGCUACCGACGCUACGCCUACUGUUCCUCUCGCUGAUGUCAUGAAAGCCUCCAUCCGACCAGACAUCGUCACCUUCGUCCACGAUAACAUUUCCAAGAACAGCCGCCAGCCUUACGCUGUCUCCAAGCGUGCUGGUCACCAGACCUCAGCUGAAUCGUGGGGAACUGGCCGUGCCGUCUCCCGUAUCCCGCGUGUUCCUGGUGGUGGUACUCACCGUGCUGGCCAAGGUGCUUUUGGGAACAUGUGUCGUGGAGGCCGUAUGUUUGCUCCUACCAAGAUCUGGCGCCGUUGGCACCGGAAGAUCAAUGUUAACCAGAAGAGGUACGCCGUUGCCUCCGCAAUCGCCGCUUCUGCUGUUCCUUCACUCGUGAUGGCACGUGGUCACCGUAUCGAGUCUGUUCCGGAGAUGCCUCUGGUCAUAUCGGACGCUGUGGAGAGUGUGGAAAAGACCUCGGCUGCAAUUAAGGUUUUGAAACAGGUCGGAGCAUAUCCGGAUGUGGAAAAGGCUAAGGACAGUCAAGGGAUCCGACCCGGAAAAGGGAAAAUGAGGAACCGUAGGUACAUUUCUCGAAAAGGUCCUUUGAUUGUUUAUGGAACUGAAGGGGCAAAGCUUGUUAAAGCCUUCCGUAACAUCCCUGGAGUCGAGGUUGCCAAUGUGGAGAGGCUCAAUUUGUUGAAACUCGCUCCUGGUGGACACCUUGGACGGUUCAUUAUUUGGACCAAAUCAGCUUACGAGAAACUUGACUCGAUUUAUGGGUCAUUUGAGAAGCCUUGUGAGAAGAAGAAGGGGUACAUUUUACCUCGUUCUAAGAUGGUGAAUGCAGAUCUUGGUAGGAUCAUUAACUCCGAUGAGGUUCAGUCGGUCGUUAAGCCAAUUAAGAAGGAGAUCAAGAGGGCACCUUUGAAGAAGAAUCCACUCAAGAACUUGAAUGCUAUGCUGAAGUUGAACCCUUACGCAAAGACUGCUAGAAGGAUGUCUCUUUUGGCUGAGGCACAACGUGUUAAGGCCAAGAAGGAGAAGCUUGACAAGAAGAGGAAGCCUAUAUCUAAGGAGGAAGCAACCGCAAUCAAGUCAGCUGGCAAAGCAUGGUAUCAAACUAUGAUCUCCGACAGCGAUUACACAGAGUUCGAGAACUUCUCCAAGUGGUUGGGCGUGUCGCAGUAAAUUUUAGUUUCCGCGGAGUGGUUGUAUCAGUUUUGAUUUCGGUGUUUUUGACAUUUUUAUUUCAUUUGAUGAUGUUUGGAGUUUUGAAAGUAAAAUUAGUGGAAUGGCAUGAACCCUAUUUCUCUUUUCAUUUAGCCAUCUCCACCAUGUUUUCACUCUUUAUGAUUAGGGGAAUAGUUUCAAUGAAAAUGAGAACUAGCAUUGAAAUAGUUUACCAGACUGGUUGGUCGGAUUAUUAUAUUUAUGUUAUUGAAAUGUUUGCUUUGCAGUGUCUUAUCCAUUA